AUGGCCAUUGAAGUCGCUGCCUCUGCUCCUGCCGCCGCCCCUGCCGCUCCCAACGGCAAGGCUGUUAACGGCAAAGGCACCACCACCACCGUUCCUACCACUACCUACCCCAACCAGCGCGCGGUCUUCCCCUAUGUCGACCCGAAGCGCACCGAGGGCGACCUCGCGGAGGCAUUCAAGGUGCUCCCCUUCGAGCGCAACGUGCUGAAGCUGCUCGCGCACGCUGAGGGCUUCUUCCCUCCCCUGUCCAGCCUCCUGGGCACGGUCUUCCGCUCCACUCGCGAGCUGCCCACGCUGGAAUGGCAGCUGGUUGUGCUGCGCACCGCCGCUCUCAUCGGCGCCCACUACGUCUUCGAGAUCAACAGCCCGGUCGCGCUGGUCAACGGCAUGCCCAACGCCAAGCGCCUGCUCAUCGCUUUCGGGAAGGUCGACGACGAGGAGUUCUUCACUGUGCGCGACCGUCUCCUGCUCCGCUACGUUGAGGAGCUGGUGCGCACCAACACCGUCACCGAUUCUCUGCAGGAGGAGCUGCGCGCCCACUUCACCACCCGUGAGAUCUUCGAGGUCAUUGUGAUCGUGGGGCUGUACACCAUCUUCGGCCGUGUUGCCAACGUCAGCCGCAUCGAUGAGGACCCUGAGAUCCCGGGUCUGAUGGACUCGCUGAACACCUUGACUGGUCAGAAGGACCGUGGCGAGAAGAGCAAACAACAGUUGGAGGACCAGAUGUUUCCUAGACGCAACUAG